AUGAAUGCUAAAGUGUUCUUUACUGUGUUUUUCAUCUCGUUAUCUGGCAAGGCACAUCCGUUUUGUGGUAAGCUGUAUACGUCGGUAUUUUCAAUUUGGUGGAUUGUUUAUCAAAUACUGUAUAAAAUCUUCAAUAAUUCAUGAAAAAUAUUGCCCCAAUAAUAUCUGUGAAGAGGAUCAUCCGUUCGACAGAUCAUACACACCUUACACAAGACAAACCAUCCAAAUGUAGAUAAAGUAGCAACUGGAAUAUUUUCAUUUUGUCUAAACAUGAUCCUGGUAAUUAAUACAUGAUUCUUCAUGAAUUAUUAAUGAGUUUCACAAAUAUUUUUAAAAACUCAUUAAAAUAAUUGAUGAGGAAAAGACAUAGUAAAUCACAGUGUGUCUGUGGUUUUAUAUGUGAUAAAAAAUCAUAUUCAUUUACAUAAACUUUAGCUUUCAUUUUUUCGCCUUAGACAACGUUGAUUUUUUAACAUUACUUCGCCAAUGAACUCAUAAGAUGGGUCGAUUUUUAAGUACUAUUUAGAACACGAGGCACGAGCUGUCGCCUUGUCACUCGUGUUGAAUAUAUAUAUGGUAAAGCACUCCUAAUCGUGUUUUAAAUAAUACAAAAUCACACAAGACGGUAGACCAACUGGUAUACAGUUUUCGAGUAGACAAACCGUCACGUAUAUAAUUAGAUAUAAUUUGUCAGUCUUGAGAGACCAUCCGCCGUUCAUUGCCAUAUUUACAUAUACGACGAAUGGUAUAAAAACUGAUAUAAGUGGACAAUAUAGUUUAUAUUUAACUUAAUAUUUUUUUAGGACUAAAUUCAAGCGAAGGUUUCCAUGCCGACCUAACUCGGGCAGUUGUCCGUUCAUCCGACUGGAUGAAGCAAUUCUACAAGGACAACACUACUACAAAACUACGGCCGUAUCGGGCUGGCUCGAUGUUUGCGACUCUCAGAAUUGCUGGCCACUAUCCUAGGACACUGCUGACCGACUUCAAGGACUCUGAGGGCAAUUCCAUCAACAAAACUCUAAAAAACAAACUUAACACCGUGCAAAAUCUAUCAAGCAUCCCUACUCCUCAGCUGGGCCUCAUUAUUCAAGGAGUGAUAUCAAUUUGUAAGGAUCCUAAAGACUUUCACGGAUAUAACCUAAUAAAACCUCUUUUGGCCGGCUUCCUUAAAUUCAAGACGUAUUCAAGUUUCAACAAUUAUUUCGGCUAUAGUUUGGCUGUAAUUGCCCUCUGCAAUGCAGGCAAUAAGGUACCGGAUUUUGUAAUCGAAGAAUUGGUUGAAGAGGCAAACAGAAACGUCAGUACUUAUCAUUCGGUUGAUACUAACGCAUUGAUUUCGACCGCUCUGUCUUGUGUGUCGACCUCAAAUAGAUCCCUACAACGCAAGGUGGAACGGGCCGUAGGAAAAUUUGUUCAAACCUUGAUCUCAAAGCAAAAGACAACAACUGGAGCGUUUGGAAAUAAUCAGUAUUCAACAGCACUAGCUGUCGAGGUAAAUAUAUACCGAGGAAAAACUAAGAACCAGUAACCAUAUAUAUUUCCCAAAAGUUGGGCAAACCAGAAAACAUUGUUUUCUAGCCAUUUUAUAUACAAAGAAAGCUGGGCAACAGGUAACAUUGUUUCCUAGACAUGAGUUUUUCAGACCAAAUAUUGUUUCCCAGCCACAUUUCCUAAAGGUGGCAAACCAAGAAAUAUCGUUUCCUAGCCAUGUUUCACAGAGAUGCGAAAACAUGAGACUUGUUGUUUCCUAGCCAUGUUUUCCGAAGGUGGAGAAACCAGAAAACAUCGUUUCUGCGACAAUAAUAACACUUGCAUGGGAAUCGGCAAAAAAAGUCCUGAAAUUGUUGGCAAACUAAAGUUUAGAGAACAAAAUUUAAAAAUUUCCGAGAAUUAUUUAAAAAUUUUCCGAGAAUUUUCUGGUCAUUGACCUAUCGAGGAUUAGUAGCGAGUAUUGCCCAAUCCUGCUCGGAUCAGACAACAACUUUUCCGUUGUUCUCUGCAGUGUCAGAAUAAAUAUAAAACUAGUUUUGUUGGAAAGCCGACCUAACAUGUUGCUAAGGGAUUGAAGUUGUUAAAAGAACGAUUUCUUUCUUAUUCCAGGCCUUGCAAGCAGCUCGUAUCCGCACAGACAGUUAA